AUGGAAAUUUUAAGAGAGUAUGAUGGCAAUGCUCACAGGUGGCUGCUAGACAAUACUAAUCCAAAACACUGGUCAAGAUCACACUUUAGAGAAGCAGCAAAGUGUGAUAUUCUAUUGAAUAACUUAUGUGAGAGUUUCAACUCAGUCAUCCUAGAGGCCAGAGAAAAACCAAUUCUUGGUAUGCUUGAGAAUAUUAGAGUUUAUCUCAUGGAGAGAUUAAGGACAAAAAAAGAAUGGAUGAAGAAACGGACUGAUGACAUUUGCCCAAAAAUUCAGAACAAGUUGGAAAAGGCAAAAACUGAGUGUGCUGCCAAUAUUGCUCGACAGUCAGAUGACAAAAGAUUUGAAAUCCAACACAUCUAUGGGGAAACCUAUGUGGUAGACCUAGACAAGUGUACGUGUACUUGUAGAAAAUGGGAGCUCACAGGUUUGCCUUGUUGCCAUGCCAUUGCAUGCAUUUCACUUGCCGGUGGCAAACCAGAGGACUAUGUGCACAAGUGUUAUUCAAGGGAGGCGUAUUUGGCUGCAUAUGAACCUGCUAUUGCUCCAAUAAGUAGUCCAAAUGUGUGGAAAUGCUCGACCAAGGAACCUGUACUGCCACCUAACAAAGUGAGACUUCCUGGAAGACCUAAGAAAGCAAGGUGA